AUAGUCCCUUUGUCCAGUGGCUCCAAGCUCCCUGCCCGUAGUCACUCAGUAGCUGGCUGGGUUAUCAGAUCGACCGUGGCAGUAUCGCAGUGCUUGUGUUCAAGUCACCCUUACUUUACUCCAUAAUGGCCCCAAAGCACAAGAGUAGUGAUAUUGGCAAUUUGGAUAGGCCAAAGAGAAGCCGUAAAGUGCUUCCUUUAAGUGAAAAGGUGAAAGUUCUGGACUUAAUAAGGAAAGAAAAAAAAUCCUAUGCUGAGGUUGCUAAGAUCUACAGUAAGAAUGAAUCUUCCAUCCGUGAAAUUGUGAAGAAGGAAAAAGAAAUUCGUGCCAGUUUUGCUGUCUCACCUCCAACUGCAAAAGUGACAGCCACGGUGCGUGAUAAGCGCUUAGUUAAGAUGGAACAGGCGUUGCAUCUGUGGGUGGAAGACAUGAACAGAAAACGUGUUCCGAUUGACAGCAACGUGUUGCGCCAGAAAGCACUGAGCCUAUACGAAGACUUCAGCAAGGGAUCCCCUAAAACGAGUGACACCAAGCCAUUUACUGCAAGUAAGGGAUGGUUACACAGAUUCAGGAAUAGGUUUUCACAUCAUCACAAGAAGAAGAAGGGGACCAUGGCCCAAGUAGCAGUGUCCACCGUGCCCAUUGAAGAAGAGGAGUCUUCGGAGAGCAGGAUGGUGGUGACGUUCCUCGUGUCUGCUCUCGAGUCCAUGUGUAAAGAGCUGGCAAAGUCCAAGGCAGAAGUGGCCUGCAUCGCAGUGUAUGAAACAGACGUGUUCGUCGUCGGAACCGAGAGAGGGUGCGCCUUUGUCAACGCCAGGACAGAUUUCCAAAAAGAUUUUGCAAAAUACUGCGCUGCAGAGGGGCUGCGCGAGCGGAAACCGCCCUGCCCUGUGAACGGGCUGCAGGUCCACUCCGGAGAAACGGAGAUACUCCGGAAGGCCGUGGAGGACUAUUUCUGCUUCUGUUACGGUAAAGCCUUAGGGACCACAGCGAUGGUGCCUGUUCCCUAUGAGCAGAUGCUACGAGACCAGGCAGCUGUGGCAGUGCAGGGGCUUCCGGAAGGAGUUGCCUUUCAACACCCUGAGAACUAUGACCUUGCUACCCUGAAAUGGAUUUUGGAGAACAAAGCAGGGAUUUCAUUUAUCAUAAACAGACCCUUCGUAGGUCCAGAGAGUCAGCUGGGUGCUCCUGUGACAGUAACAGAUGCCGAGAGAUCAGUGAUAUCGCCAAGCGAAAGCUGUGGCCCCAUCAGUGUGAAAACUGAACCCAUGGAAGAUUCUGGCAUUUCAUUGAAAGCAACAGCUGUGUCAGUCAAGAAAGAAUCAGAAGAUCCUAAUUACUAUGAAUAUAAUAUGCAAGGAAGCCAUCAUUCUUCCACAAGCAAUGAAGUAAUAGAAAUGGAAUUACCAGUGGAAGAUUCUUCUCAGCUGGUCCCUUCAGACACAAGUGAGGACCCGGAAGCCGAGGUGAAAAUCGAAGGAAACACAAAUUCACCCAACAUUACAAAUUCUGCAUCAGGUGUUGAAGAUCUUAACAUCGUUCAGGUGACAGUUCCAGACAAUGAAAAGGAAAGACUAUCAAGCAUUGAAAAGAUUAAACAGCUAAGAGAACAAGUCAAUGACCUCUUUAGCCGAAAAUUUGGUGAAGCAAUUGGUGUGGAUUUCCCGGUGAAAGUUCCCUACCGGAAAAUUACAUUCAACCCUGGCUGUGUGGUGGUCGACGGCAUGCCCCCGGGGGUGGUGUUCAAAGCCCCUGGGUACCUGGAAAUCAGCUCCAUGCGGAGGAUCUUGGAUGCAGCAGAGUUUAUCAAAUUCACAGUCAUCAGACCGCUUCCAGGACUCGAGCUUAGCAAUGUGGGAAAACGAAAGAUAGACCAAGAGGGCCGUGUGUUUCAAGAAAAGUGGGAGAGAGCAUAUUUCUUCGUGGAAGUGCAGAAUAUUCCGACAUGUUUAAUAUGCAAACAGAGCAUGUCUGUGUCCAAGGAAUACAACCUGAGGCGUCAUUACCAGACCAACCACAGCAAGCACUACGACCAGUAUACCGAAAAGAUGCGCGAUGAGAAGCUUCAUGAGUUAAAAAAAGGGCUCAGAAAGUAUCUCUUAGGGUCAUCAGAAAUUGAGUGUCCCGAACAAAAACAAGUGCUUGCAAACGUGAAUCCAACAGAAAAUGCUGCCGUGCAGCCUGUAGAAGACGUGGGUGGGAACUUAUGGGAGAAGUUACGUGAGAAAAUCAGGUCAUUUGUGGCGUAUUCUAUUGCAAUUGAUGAGAUCACGGAUAUAAAUAAUACCACCCAGUUGGCCAUAUUCAUCCGUGGUGUUGAUGAGAAUUUUGAUGUGUCUGAAGAACUUCUGGACACAGUGCCCAUGACCGGUACAAAAUCUGGAAAUGAGAUAUUUUUGCGUGUUGAGAAAAGCCUGAAAAAGUUCAAUAUCGACUGGUCCAAAUUAGUAAGCGUGGCCUCCACUGGCACUCCUGCAAUGGUCGAUGCCAGUAAUGGGCUUGUCACAAAACUGAAGUCCAGGGUGGCGAUGUUUUGCAAGGGCUCAGAACUUAAGUCCGUGUGUUGCAUCAUUCACCCAGAAUCUCUGUGUGCUCAAAAGCUCAAGAUGGCCCACGUCAUGGACGUGGUGGUGAACUCUGUGAACUGGAUCUGCUCCCGGGGACUGAACCACAGCGAGUUCACCACCUUGCUUUAUGAACUGGACAGCCAGUAUGGCAGCCUCUUGUACUACACGGAGAUUAAGUGGCUCAGCCGUGGGCUGGUGCUGAAGAGAUUUUUCGAGUCGUUGGAAGAAAUUGAUUGCUUCAUGUCAUCCAGAGGAAAGCCCCUGCCUCAGCUGAGCUCCAAAGAUUGGGUCAGAGACUUGGCCUUCUUGGUGGACAUGACGAUGCACCUGAACACUUUGAACAUCUCUCUCCAAGGGCAUUCCCAAAUCGUUACACAAAUGUACGACCUGAUUCGGGCGUUCCUAGCCAAACUGUGCCUGUGGGAGACCCAUUUGGCAAGGAACAAUCUGGCCCACUUUCCCACCCUGAAAUCAGUUUCCAGAAAUGAAAGCGAUGGCCUGAACUACAUUCCCAAAAUUGUGGAACUAAAGACUGAAUUCCAGAAAAGGCUGUCUGAUUUCAAACUCUACGAGAGCGAGCUGACCCUGUUCAGCUCUCCGUUCUCCGUGAAGAUCGACAGCGUGCGCGAAGAGCUGCAGAUGGAGGUUAUCGAUCUGCAGUGCAACACGGUGCUGAAGACAAAAUACGACAAGGUGGGAAUACCGGAAUUCUACAAAUACCUCUGGAGUAGCUACCCGAAAUACAGAAACCACUGUGCAAAGAUUCUGUCCAUGUUCGGGAGCACCUACAUUUGUGAACAGCUGUUCUCCAUCAUGAAACUGAGUAAAACGAAAUACUGCUCCCAGCUGAAGGACUCACAGUGGGAUUCCGUGCUUCACAUCACGACGUGAUGGAGGGACAACUCCCGGCGGUGCCCGUGGUGGGUAAGGCUAGAAUCUCCUAGGCUCGAGGGAUUGUGAGUUGAGAAAGUUAAUUAUUAGAUAUUUGUUUUUCAGUUUUUUCCACUUUGAAUUGGAAAUAUAAUUUGCAGUAUCAAACCUGUUUGUACUACAUUUUAUGCUUCACCAUUCAGUAAAAAGCAAGAAAGUUUUGUUGUA